AGGGCAUGUAGGUCUGUACUGAAUCGUCUGUAGGUCCCGAGAGGAAUUUUUACCUCAUAAUUUCGGACUGUAGUUGGAGACCGCUAAAAAGCACUUAUCACAAAUUUUCUAACCUCAUUUUAUCAUGCUCAGAUUACAAAUCGAAAUCGAAGUGCGAUUUCCACGCGUAUGACUAGGGAGGGGCGGAAAUUCUGCACAAAAUUAAUUCCCACCACGGGUAAAUUUAAACGAAACUGCAAAACACUCGUAAACUGCCCUAUACGAGCCGAAAAACCAAAUUUUCACGCUCAUAAAUUUCGAAAGAAAGUGUUUGAUCAGCUGGAGACGAAGAAUCGAAUGACGUCCUUGAGAUCAUUUUUGAUAAACACUCGACCAGCAACUGCAACACACGACUCGAAAAGUGAAUGUGAAAGUGCAAUAACGGGGUGCAUUUACAGGUUUUAUCCCCAUAAAAAAUGCUGUUUUUCACAAAUUUUCUUUAGUUACAUCAGCAGUGUAAGAUUCUUCACCCCCAGUCAUUUUUUUCGUGUGAAAAUCAACUACUGAUAAGCGUAAUGGUGCCUCAUAGUCCGUGCUCAAGCUGGUCACUGACUCCAUUUGAUCCUUCUUAAAUUUUGGCCGAGGAUAGAAAAUGAAUGAAAUGAUUGGAUCUGCCAGUUUUCUUCAUCUGGGCGAUAUUGUGUCGCUCUUCGCGGAAGGGAGUGUCUGCGGAUUUCUUAGCACUCUAGGUUUGGUUGAUGACCGUACUGUAGUAUGUCCCGAAGCAGGAGACUUGAACAAUCCGCCCAAGAAAUUCAGAGAUUGUCUGUUCAAAAUAUGUCCCAUGAACCGGUACUCUGCCCAGAAGCAGUUCUGGAAAGCAGCGAAACAAAGUGCCAGCUCCACCACCGAUGCUGUACUCCUGAAAAGAUUACAUCAUGCUGCUGAGAUUGAAAAGAAACAGAAUGAAUCCGAAAACAAAAAAUUGUUUGGGAUGAUCGUCCAAUAUGGCAGUGUUAUUCAACUUCUCCAUUUAAAAUCAAACAAAUACCUUACUGUCAACAAGCGGUUGCCGGCUCUUCUAGAGAAAAAUGCAAUGCGUGUCUACUUGGAUGCCAAUGGUAAUGAGGGCUCUUGGUUCUACAUCAUGCCAUUCUACAAAUUACGGUCGGUGGGGGAUAAUGUGGUUUUGGGCGACAAAGUCAUCAUGAACCCAGUUAAUACAGGACAGCAGGUCCUACAUGUAGCUGCCAACUAUGAAUUACCAGACAACUUGGGUUGCAAAGAGGUCAAUGCUGUCAACUCAUCAACCUCUUGGAAAGUAACUCUCUUCAUGGAGCACAAAGAAAAUCAAGAGGAAAUUCUGAAAGGCUGUGAUGUUGUUCGUCUUUUUCAUGCGGAACAAGAAAAAUUUCUCACAAUGGACGAAUAUAAGAAAAAGCAACAUGUAUUUUUGCGCACAACUGGACGCACAUCUGCUACGGCUGCCACCAGUAGCAAGGCCCUCUGGGAGGUUGAGGUAGUUCAACACGAUCCAUGUAGAGGAGGUGCCGGGCACUGGAAUUGUUUGUUUAGGUUUAAGCAUUUAGCCACUGGCCACUAUCUAGCCGCUGAAAUAGAUGAUGACAACAGAGACAUCGAUCAAAAAAGAAGCAAGUUGCAUUCUAUGUACCAUCUGGUGUCUGUUCCACAUUCGAACGAAAUCUCAUCAUUGUUCGAGUUGGAUCCAACGACUCUCACCCGUGGGGAUUCACUAGUCCCGCAGUCAUCUUAUGUUCGUCUCCAUCAUCUAUGCACAAACACUUGGGUUCACAGCACAUCUAUUCCUAUUGACAAAGAUGAAGAGAAACCUGUCAUGUCAAAGGUUGGCUGUGCGAGCGUUAAGGAAGACAAGGAGGCUUUUGCGCUUAUAUCAGUAUCACCAACAGAAGUCAGAGAUCUAGAUUUCGCAAAUGAUGCUUGCAAAGUGUUAGCCGCUAAUUCGUCAAAACUAGAGUCUGGCACAAUAUCCCAUAAUGAAAGGAGAGCUGUCACCAGUUUGCUGCAGGAUAUAGUUUACUUCAUUGCUGGUCUAGAAAAUGAGCAAAAUAAAUCUGAAGCCCUAGAUUUGAUAGUAACAAAUCCCAUCCGAGAUCGGCAAAAAUUACUCAGAGAGCAAUAUAUUCUAAAACAGCUGUUUAAAAUUCUUCAAGCCCCGUUCCUAGAAACAAAUGAAGGUGGUGGACCGUUUUUGCGAAUCGAAGAGUUGAAUGAUCCGAAACAUGCUCCUUACAAGUACAUGUUUCGCCUCUGUUACCGUAUUUUACGAUUGAGUCAGCAAGAUUACAGAAAAAACCAGGAAUACAUAGCAAAACAUUUUGGAUUCAUGCAAAAGCAGAUAGGAUAUGAUAUUUUGGCCGAGGACACUAUCACUGCACUGCUGCAUAACAAUCGUAAACUGCUGGAGAAGCAUAUUACUGCUGCUGAAAUUGAAACAUUUGUCGGACUGGUUCGGAAAAAUAUGCACAACUGGGAAUCAAGAUUCCUGGACUAUCUCUCAGACUUGUGCAUAUCCAAUAAAAAAGCCAUUGCAAUAACGCAGGAGCUGAUAUGCAAAAGUGUUCUAAGUGCCAAAAAUUCUGAUAUCUUAAUUGAAACCAGGAUGAUGAAAAUUGAAGAAGAAGUAAAGAAGGAAAACAAUGUCGAAGAGUGGAGCAGAAAUCCAGUAACAGUCUCAAUAAUCCAGUCUAGAGAAGAAGUCAUUCUACUUUGGAAUAAUAGAAAAUGUUCACAGUCGUUAGAGACUCUAUCCCGUGAUGCAAUUCUUGGAAAUGAAACGGAACAAUCGCUCCUGGAAUACUAUAGGCAUCAGCUGAAUCUGUUCUCUAAUAUGUGUUUGAAUAGGCAAUACUUGGCAUUGAAUAAUCUAACACCUCACCUAGGAAUUGAGCUCAUUCUCAAGUGCAUGUCAGACGAAAAUGUUUCGUACGAAUUACGAGCCUCCUUUUGUAGAUUAAUGCUGCACCUUCAUGUUGACCGAGACCCACAAGAACCUGUUACGCCUGUCAAAUACGCGCGGUUGUGGUCUGAGAUUCCAUCGAAAAUGUCAAUUAAAGACUAUGACAGUACUCGAAUGCCAGAUUUAAGUAAAGAGGCAGUCCGAGCCAAAUUCAGCAACACAAUAAUGUUUGUCGAAGAAUAUCUGUGCAACGUUGUGGCUAAAAUGUGGAGCUUUGCCGACCCAUCACAAAAUAAAUUGACUUUUGAAGUUGUCAAGUUGGCAAGAGAGUUGAUUUAUUUUGGAUUUUAUAGCUUCAGUGACUUACUCAGUCUGACGAAAACUUUGCUCAGUAUUCUUGAUUGUGUUUCGGACGGCAACUCAGGCAAAAGCUACAUUCCAACAAGCGAGAUCCAAUCUGAAGGUGGAGUUCUUCGGAGUAUUGGUGAUAUGGGUGUCGUUGUGACAGGAUUAACCUUAGGAACUAGCGGAAUUCGUAGAGCAUCAGCUGAGCCAGCUGUUCCGUGCACACCAACCACAACCGCUCUUAAGAAAGAAGCUUAUCCUUUCGUGAUGGAUACUAAACUGAAAAUCAUAGAAAUUUUACAAUUUAUCUUAGAUGUACGGUUAGAUUAUCGUAUUAGUUGUUUGCUAUCAAUUUUUAAAAGGGAAUUUGACCAAGCAGGCCGAACUAAUACAACCUCUGACACCCUCAAUAUAAACCAAAAAGCAAUCGAUCUUGAACUGAUAGGUACGCAAGCAGAAGGCAUUUUUGGAAAUAGGGAAGAGUGUGUCGCGCUGGAUCUCGAUGGCUACGGAGGUCGAACCUUCCUGCGGGUCUUGCUUCAUUUAACGAUGCACGACUACCCUCCUCUUGUUUCAGGAGCUCUGCAUCUCCUCUUCCGCCAUUUCAGUCAACGGCAGGAAGUUUUGCAAGCUUUCAAGCAAGUACAACUACUGGUCUCGGAUAGCGAUGUGGAAUCCUACAAACAAAUCAAAGCUGAUUUAGAUGUUUUGAGACAGUCGGUGGAGAAAUCUGAGUUGUGGGUUUAUAAGUCGCGAACCGUGGAUGAUCACGCUAAAAAACGGAGCAAGCGGGAUGACGAUGAAGAGGCAGUCAGGGAUACAAAGCCUGUCGUGAAGGAACCUUCUCUAAGCAAACAAAAUUCAGCGGUGGACAUGGAUGUUGGACCACCGCUCCAUCCAGAUCAGGCUGAAGAGUACAAAAAAAUACAACAGAUCUUAAUUCGAAUGAUCAAAUUAUGCACUGCUCCUGCGGCUGCUGGCUCUCCAGUGAAGCCGCGCAAGCACGAGCAACGCUUACUUAGAAACGUAGGUGUACAUACAAUAGUUUUGGAUUUACUUCAAGUUCCGUACGAUCAAAAAGAAGACAUUCGGAUGAAUGAAUUGAUGCGCCUUGCUCACCAGUUCCUCCAGAAUUUUUGUCUUGGCAAUCAGCAGAAUCAAGUCCUCCUUCACAAACACUUGGAUUUGUUCUUGAAUCCUGAGAUCCAAGAGGCCCAGACAGUUUGCAGCAUAUUCCAAGAUAACUCAACACUCUGCAAUGAGGUUAACGAAAAAGUGAUCCAACAUUUUGUUCAUUGCAUCGAAACGCACGGAAAGCAUGUCCAGUACCUCAAAUUCUUCCAGACAAUUGUUAAAGCAGAAAAUCAGUUCAUCCGCAGGUGUCAGGACAUGGUCAUGCAGGAGCUAGUAAAUGCUGGUGAGGAUGUAUUGAUCUUCUACAAUGAUAAAUCAUCCUUCAGCCAGUUCAUCUCAAUGAUGCGCUCUGAAAGGCACAGAAUGGAUGAAAGUAGUGCUUUAAGGUAUCACAUAGAAUUAGUAAAAUUGCUGUCCUGUUGUACUAUGGGGAAAAACGUCUACACAGAAAUCAAGUGUCACAGCUUGCUGCCGCUGGAUGAUAUUGUUACAAUGGUCUCGCAUCCUGAUUGUAUACCGGAGGUCAAAGAAGCAUACAUCAAUUUUCUGAAUCACUGUUACAUUGACACAGAAGUAGAAAUGAAGGAGAUAUAUGCCUCAAACCAUAUGUGGACGUUGUUUGAGAAAAGUUUUCUUCCUGAUCUAUCUGCCGUCACUCAGCCAAUGGAAACUAGAGACACAGUUCUCGAUACUUACGUAACAAAUAGCGUUAUGACCAUCAUUAAUACUUUCUUCAACAGUCCAUUCUCAGAUCAAAGUACAACUGUUCAGACAAGACAGCAAGUUUUUGUGCAGCUUCUACAAGCUGUUUUGAAAGUUUCUCAAUGUCCCUGGUUGACUCCUACGCAGCAUUACAAUGUUGAAAAUACUAUCCGUUCCUUAACUGAAGUUGCCAAAGGUCGAUCGAUCGCAAUCCCAGCUGAGUUAGAAGCCACCGUUCAAAAUGUGUUCAGUAAAUCCACCAUGCUCAUACGUCAGACGAGCAAAUGGAUUCAAGCCGUUAAAAGUCCUAAAUUAGAGAGAACCCAGUCUCAACAACUAAUGAGAUUAGAUCGUAGCAUAAUUGAGGGACUUCAAGAUAUCGUCCUCCUUCUAGAAGAACAGUUGAAGCCUUUGGUAGAGGCAGAACUUUCUCUUCUAGUCGACAUACUCUAUCAUCCAGAACUACUUUUCCCAGUGGGAACCGAGCCAAAGAAGAAUUGCGAAAACGGUGGCUUUAUUCGCAGACUUAUCAAACACACAGAAAAACUUUUGGAAGAGAAAGAAGAGAAGUUAUGCGUCAAAGUUUUGAAGACCAUACGGGAGAUGAUGGCAAUCGACCUGGAAUAUGGAGAGAAGGGAGAUAUUUUGCGCAACAAUUUGCUGACCAGGUAUUUUGGUAAAUCUUUCACACAAAAGCAAAAUGCUGUGGAACUAGGGAAACCAACACAAAAGUUUAUCAUCAGCCAUGGACCAGGAGCCAAAAUACUCGCAAGAGCUGGUUUGACGUUACAUGAAGUUCAAAGUCACUUGGAUCGAGAGGGCGCAUCAGACUUGGUGGUUGAGCUAGUCAUAAGAUCUGUUCACUCUCCAUCAAUUUUCGUCGAAGCUGUGGAGUUGGGCAUCGCAUUACUCGAAGGCGGAAAUCCCAUUAUUCAGAAAAGCAUGCACACUAAGCUUUUAGGUGGAGAUCUCAGUCAAGCAUUCUUUAAGGUUUUCUAUGACAAGAUGCGAGAUGCCCAGCAAGAGAUUAAAUCGACAGUGACCGUGAAUACUUCAGACAUGGCGGGCAAAGGUAACGAAGACAAAGACCAAGAAUUGGAGAAAAUGGCGCGCCGGAAAGGACGAAAAGUCAGCAGUAUCGUGAUAACAGAUGAACUCCGGGAAGAACUAAGCCAAGCAGCAGGUUUGAAUGGUGGUGCUGAAGAAGGGCAGAACAUGACCGCAAGCUGUGCUCUUGAGGAUAUCCUGGCAGAAAAGUUAGAAAGGCAGAAAGAACGCGAGGAUGAAAAUAAACUCUCCAAUAAAGUAUUGGUCAUGCAGCCAAUACUGAGAUUUUUGCAGUUACUCUGUGAAAAUCACAAUCGAGAUCUACAAAAUUUACUGCGCAACCAGUGCAACAAGUCCAACUUUAAUCUCGUUUCUGAAACGCUGAUGUUCCUGGACUGUAUUUGCGGUUCGACAACAGGAGGUCUCGGUUUACUAGGGUUGUAUAUUAAUGAAUAUAAUGUCGAAUUAAUCAAUCAGACCCUGGAAACUCUCACAGAAUACUGUCAAGGACCGUGUCAUGAUAAUCAAAACUGUAUAGCAACGCACGAAUCCAACGGGUUGGAUAUAAUUACUGCGUUGAUUCUGAACGACAUCAAUCCAUUGGGCAAAUCGAGAAUGGACCUGGUUUUAGAGCUUAAGAACAACGCCUCAAAAUUACUGCUCGCUAUAAUGGAAAGUCGAGGUGACAGCGAGAAUGCGGAGAGGAUUCUUUACAAUAUGAAUCCGAAGCAGUUGGUGGAUGUUGCGUGUUCAGCAUUUCAUCAAGAAUCGUUGGAUGAUGAUAUCGACACUGACGAUUCCAGUGAACCGGAUGAAGAGGUAUCACCAAAAGAGGUCGGGCAUAAUAUUUACAUCCUCUGUCAUCAGUUGGCGCAUCACAAUAAAGAUUUGGCCGCAUUAUUGAAACCACCAGAGGUCAACACCGAUCCCAAGAUGAAUCAAGCGCUGGAAUAUUACGCAUCUCAUACCGCACAGAUUGAAAUCGUUCGUCAUGAUCGCACACUGGAGCAGAUUGUUUUCCCCAUACCAGAAAUUUGUGAGUACCUAACGCAUGAUACUAAGGUCAGGGUAUUUCAUACUGCUGAGCGGGAUGAUCAGGGCUCAAAAGUCUCGGACUUUUUCGAACGAACAACUGACAUGUUCAACGAAAUGAAGUGGCAGAAAAAAUUGCGCGGACAGCCGUUGUUGUUUUGGGUGAGCAGUCAUAUGUCCUUGUGGAGUAACAUUCUCUUCAAUUGCGCUGUUUUGAUCAACAUCAUCGUAGCAUUUUUUUACCCCUUCACCGACUUCGUACCAAAGUUAGGAGUUCACUUAUCUUGGCUCAUCUGGAUCAUAAUGUUGUCAUCGUUCGCGUUUCUCAUCGCUAUUCCUAAAAGAGCAGCCAUCCGAUUAUUCUCUGUAAUGACAAUAGUUCGGUCUAUUUUUUCUAGCGGUCCAGAGCCAACACUCCUGCUUCUUGGUGGCACAACGGUUUUGAUGAAAGGUGUGCAUUUAAUCAGUAUAAUGGGCAACCAAGGCACAUUCACAAAGAAAAUUAAUCAAAUUCUUUGUGAUGUUGAAAUAAUAUACCAUCUUUUCUACGUGAUAUUUUGUGUGCUUGGCCUGUGCAUGCAUCCUUUCUUCUAUUCUGUUCUUUUAUUGGAUGUUGUGUACAGGGAAGAAACACUUCUUAACGUUAUACGCUCCGUUACCCGCAACGGUCGGUCUAUUAUUUUAACGGCUGUCUUGGCCCUAAUUUUAGUCUACAUGUUCUCGAUUAUAGGCUUUAUGUUUUUCAAAGAUGAUUUCUUAGUAAAUGUCGACUCAGAAAUCAUAAACUCGGAGAGCGAAUUAAUCACACCAUCCAACAAGUCAGACCUGGAGCCCAACCAAACAUCAACUUGUCCGUCAGACGGCAGUUGCAACUACCAAGGAGCGUCAAUGGAAUACUCCAAAGCCAUCAAUGAGCCAUUUACAGAAUCAGAUGGAAAGUUGUCUUUACAGCAUUUUGUGACUGUCGAUGGAGAAACCAAAGAGCGUGCUUGUGACUCGCUUAUCAUGUGUAUCGUCACAACGUUGAAUCAAGGUCUUCGUAACGGAGGCGGGAUCGGAGAUGUGCUCCGCGCUCCAAGCAGCAGUGAGCCGCUAUUUGUGGCCAGAGUAAUUUACGACCUACUCUUCUUCUUCAUUGUCAUAAUUAUAGUACUCAACCUGAUUUUUGGUGUCAUCAUUGACACUUUUGCUGACCUGAGAAGCGAAAAGCAGCAGAAAGAACUCAUUCUGAAGAAUACAUGCUUCAUUUGUGGCCUCAACAGAUCAGCUUUUGAUAACAAAACGGUUUCUUUCGAGGAGCACACGAAAUGUGAGCAUAAUAUGUGGCAUUACUUGUACUUCAUCGUCCUCGUCAAGGUGAAAGACCCAACAGAAUUCACUGGUCCAGAGAGUUAUGUAUAUUCGAUGGUUAACGACAGAGAUCUCGACUGGUUCCCACGCUUGAGAGCUAUGUCUUUGGCUGCUGAAGAAAGCGAUAGUGAGCAAAUUGAAUUACGAAGCCUUCAAGCACAGCUGGAAAACACGCAGAUUCUUGUCGCAACGCUGUCACAGCAACUGAAUGAGUUAAAGGAUCAGAUGACAGAGCAGCGCAAACAAAAGCAAAGAAUCGGUUUACUGAACUCAGCCUCUGCAUACUUACAUAAUAUGGCAACGUGAUAUUCCUUCUCUCAACUGUUUACCCUGGGUUUUCGUACCUUGACUCAACUUUCGCCCCUUCCUUUCUUUUUAUUGGAAUUUUUUCAAUACAGUCAUUAAUUUUUUAAGCCUCCUGUGUCCAAUAUUCCAUCAGUUUAAGUGUGAGUUCUACAGUUAAAUUUCCGAUUUCUGAGUGAAAAAUAUCAACAGAACGUCACAAAUUCUCCUCGGUGAACCUCUUUUGGAAACAAAAGCACCAUGUUUGUGCCACUAGUUUCUUUCACGGCAACAUGAUCAUGUUACAGCAAUGAACUAGGAAUGUUUGCAAUUUAAGAAAAAAAAACCUAAAGAGUGUCUGCAAUCUAGUGUAUUUAUUUUUUUUUUUCUUAAAUGAAACACUUAAGAAUGUUUGGUGACUAUUGAGUCACUAAAUUGUCACUCCAGCUUAUGAGUUGCUCUGAUUUUUUCUUGGAAUUCCACAUUGCGAGCUAUGAAAUCUCUGUUUAGUUACAAAGCCACUGACUUAAAAUGGUUGUUUAAGGUAAUUGACUUUGAAUUAAUAUUUAUGAUGUUUCAAUGAUUCUAUGGAAUUUAAACCUUUGUGUUCCGAAAGGGUUCACUCCGGAAGAAUAGAGAACGGUAUAAAGAGCUGAAAUAAUCACAGCGAGAUGGUUCUCACCAUCCAUUUUUUUCUCUUUUUUAUCAUUAUCAUUCUAUUCUAUGAAAAUUUGCUUAAUUUAAGGCAAGAGUACAUCAGAACCAUGCUCACGCCUUUUCUGCCAUUAAUUUAUUUGUUAGGUGUAUUCAAUCCUUGCUUUUGUUGUUUGUUUGACAGUUAGGUUUUAAAGUUUUAGAAAAUGAAAUAUAUAUUAGUGAGGUAAUAAUCCUUAACUUAAUUUAUUUAUUUGCGUGUUUUUUUAAGAAACUUUUGUUAGAUUUGCAUAUCAAAAGUAACUGUAGGUCAUUUUUCUGUAGGAGGAAAGUGAUUUUAGCCUUGUGAAAAACAGGACUGAUACUUCAUGAAGUGAGAAUGUGCAAUGCAUAGACUAAAUUUUUUUAAAUGAUCAUUGAACCUGUAUUAACAUUAAAAUAUUUUAUAUCAUUGUUGAAAUGACUUUGAAAGUUGAGGCCUAAUUUUAAAAUUUCAAGAGUCUCUAUGAUCGUUGAUUUUCUGUUUCUUUUCUGUUUUCAUGAGCUCACUUGAAAAGUGAGUGAUCAAUAACGUUGUCUGGUUAUCUUCGUGAUGAAGUAAAAUUAUCCUACGUUGUCCUAUUAAUCCUUGAAAAGAAAUUCUUUUCAAGUAUGGCAGAAUUCAUUUUCCUACAUUUUGUUUUACUUAUUGCCUCCCAAAAAUAUACGCAUUAUUUUAGUGAGAUAAUGAUAAUAAUUUGUCCAAAAAAAAACAAAUUAGCAGGCUCAAACAAUUAUCUUCCUUGUUUUCAGAAUGAUUGAAAAUCGUUGACACUUUUUGUGAGCAUCAGGAAAGAAUUUCAAAAUUACGCUCAAUUUUUGAUAAUACGCCUUCUGUCUCGUUAUUCCCGGUCUUAGAUCGAGUGGAAAAAUUGUAUCCAAAAUCAUAUUACUUUGUCUGGAGCAUCAUUUUCCCCCAUAUUUUACAGAUAAAGGAAAGAAUACGACAGACUUCAUAUAAUACCUGUUCACUUUUUCUCUUUUUUUCCAAGUUACGUUUAUGUAUUUCGUUUGAUUGAUUUUUUUUUUUUUUUUUUUUUUUUUUGUAAAUAGUUACUUUCAAAGAUUUUAGAUGUGUUAUUUUUUUGUUUCAGUUGAUUUUAUUUUUAGUGCCUUCAAAGAACUAGUUUAAUACUUAGAUAUUUAUUUGUUAUGUUACAAAUCUAUAUGUACGCUAAUGAGGCAAGUGAUCCUACAACAGUUUUUUGUGCGAACAUCACGUUUUUAGCAUAGGGCAGGGAAAUGUAUUUUUGUAACACCAGCUUCUGCAUUGUUUUUAAAAUUUAAAUUAUUAGCUUGGAAGGUCUCUUGGUCUUCAAAACGAUAUGCAUACCUCAAAAAGAAGGAAAAAGAAAAUUAUGCUAGAAGCUGUGUGCAGAAUUUUUACCAAGCAGUCUAAAAUGCUCUUAUACUCCUGCACCUUGAAACCGGUUUUGUGAUCAGUAAUCUUCAUUUUGUUUUAGUAAAGAACCCUGUACCUAAAACCUAGAGUUUUAGUGCUGCCUAAAUUUAUCAUUUAAUAUGAUGUUCUCUACAACCUCCCCAGCACAAUGAGCUUUACAAUUUUUACCCGGUAUGAGCAAAUUUCGAGAGUUAUAAAUUAGUCAGCAGUUUCACUACCAUUAUUUGGUAAUAAUGUUAGUUAAGGGGGAGAGCUUCUCUUUUCCCACCUCGUGCCAUCUAGGAAGGUGCAAGCUUCCGUCAACUACUUUUGAACAGGAGGCUUCGCAUACACAACACAACGGUAGUGUUACCUCUGUCACGUAAAAUAUAGAAGUGCCAAAAACUUCACUUUUCAGCCUUUCUUUUCUAAAACUUAACACUUGAAAAGUCGAUUUCAGAAGAUCACCAAGCUCAGGAGGUCAUAGAAGAUAUCAUAUCCAAGAAUAAUGAAAACCUGGCGCUGAUCGGGCUGAACCCUUUGGUUGUACAAGCAAGGCCCUAUUUUUGCAUCUUAAAACCAGUUUUCUAAUAAUUCUUGGUUAUUCUGUUCAUGUCGAAUCCUAGUGAACUUCUUAGAUAUUUUACUGGUCCAAGUACUUUUUUGACGAAGGGACAAGUCCUUCGUCUGAGUUUAUAAUGUUUGUGGUAUUUGCCCGCUGUUUCAUUGCACAAGUUUUACUAAUUCCAUAUUUAUUUUUUGAGUUUUCAGAAUUUAUUCUUUAGUACAUACCUAAUUAACUUAGCUUUGUUUGUUAUCUUGAAAAUUGUGAUAGUAUAAAGUAGUUUAGUAGGACUGUUUCCGCAGGAAUUUUUCGUGUUUCUAAGAGCUUAUCCAAGAAUCAUCGACGUUUAUCAGGCAGAUUGUAAAUCAAAAUACUACAUUGCUCUCAUCAAAAAAAAAAAUUGCUUGAGUGUGAGGAUGCGAACUUUAAUUUUUACUGACAGUUAUUAAUGAAUUUUACCAAUGAACUGAGAAAAAUUCUAAAAAUAUAAAUAAGUAAUUGACUUGCAAACCUUAUUUUGAAAUCAAGUGGCACUCACGGUGUACUUACCACUUGGUAACAGAUAUCAUACUCUUUCCCUUUGUUUUUAGCGAUAAUUGCUUCCGAUAAUUAUGUUAAUUUCCGAGUCUUUCCUCUUCUUUGCCAUUCGAGGUUUUCCAGCCUAUCGCAGUCAUAACACAAAAUCUGUGGUUCUCACUUAACUCUUUCAGAGCGUUUUUUCUCAAACGAUUCUAGAAUUUCAAAAAUUAUUGGUACAUAAAGCAUCUUAGUUUCUGCAUCAAUUCAGUCUGCAUUCUUUUCUAAUUCAACCAAGCAAGAGAUUUGAUAAUACAUCAAACUUGCGUGUUUGUAUUGGGAUCAUUGUGAACUUGGAAAGAUAAAGUCUAAAAAGAACCACUGAACAGGGUUUAAAGUACAGGAUGCCGGUACAAAUUCCAUCAGCAAAUUUUAAGGAAAUAUUAAUGCAAACAUUGAACAUUUCUAGAAUAUAACAGGGAAUAGUAAUGCCCCUAUUAUUCAAUGCUUCAGUUAUCUAACUUACCUAGUCAAAAUAAGUUUUUGGUCAGAACAGAAUUUUUGGUCCAAGGAUUGAAUUAUUUCUGUGAGUUAAUUAUUGCAAGGUAUUUAUAGAAUCAGGCAAGUUUUUAAAACCUGUUUCCAGUCAUUUAUAGAAGAAAUGAAUUCAAUUUGAAUGAUGGAUAGAACUUUCUCAACUGUAUUCUGCAUGAAAUUCUGAUGACGAAAAAUUUAACGUGUUUUUUUAUUUCUCAACAUAUUUGAAUUCUCAUUCUGUUCAGUGGUUCACUGAAACUUGAUUCAUCGAAGCAAAUUACGGCUAUCCUAGUAUUUACCAACUUCACAUAUUUGUACUGAGUAGUUGCAUUUUAGUUAGAUAUAUAGGUAGAUACUGACCUAUCGCAAACUGAGAAGCGGUUUGUUCAAAUGUGAUACUCAACUCCAUUUUUAUUAUUAAUACCCUAGUUUGAUUAUAAUGAAUCCUCCUUCCUCAUUUACAUCAGGAUGUUACUUUUACAAUCUGUAGUUAUAAUUGAAUCUUACUCGUUUCCGCUUAGGAACCUAUCCUUCCCUGUUGUUUUGAGUGGAACUCCAAACUUUUUUAGUGAUGUUAUGAGCAAUUAUUAAUUUUUAACUCAACCCUAAAUUUUAUCGAUCAUUGUUGUGUACAGUUUUGUUAUACUAAGUGAUUUUAUUUUAAGUACGAUUUACUCUUGGUUACUCCUCAUUUAUAAUUUAGCUUCUGUCAUGUUUUCAUUUCAUUCCAUGAAAUUAAACUAUUGGAAACCA